AUGGACCAUGAACCUGAGUUGGAACGGAGAAUGUCAUUAGUGCCUAAGGUUGAGAGCGGGAAAUUAGAUGGAAAACGCGCCAUCAAAGGUUCCGUAAAACGCAAGACUAGUCGGUCAUUGUCAAUGGAUAGCGUUGCAAGAGGACCGACUAUUGGAAUUGGAAUCGGUAAUAUUAGUAAUCGAACACUAGGCCAGACGCAACACCUUAGACUUAACUUGAAAGAAUCCGUAGGCGCUAAAAAUGUCAACGGUAUUCAUACGCAAGGGUCACACGUGGCAACACCAAACGGAAUAAAAAAGACGUCACUUAUCGGUAAUGGACAAACGUUAACCGGCAGGAAAUUGAGCAUUGGUGGAAGUUCCAAGUUCGAUUGGAGUACAAUGGGAAAAAUUGGACAUUCCAAAAUGGUGUCAGAUGAUGAAGAAAGAAACUCAAAUGACCGCAAAGAAUAUUACUCACAAAACGAAGGGGGUAAAGAUAAUUUACAAAUCACAACCGAUAAAUUGGAAACAUCGACUGAUGUGACCACGGUUGAAUCUUGUCCGGUUGAUGAAUCAUUGUCAACGUCACCAAACGCAGCCUCCCUUGAACGAGAAGAAAAUUUUCUUCGUCAAUUAGGCUGGCAAAAACCGUAUGACAAGGAUGUAGACAGUAACAAAUGGGCUAUUACCGAAGAGGAGAAGCGUCUGUUUAUCAAUUUGGUCCGUGCACUGAACGGUGUUUCUAUUACCGGAACAAAUGAUGUUUUGUCUAAUGGUGAGAUUGAUAGGGCCAAAAGAAAGUGGGCAGCUAUUAAAAGUGAAAAUAAUAAAAGUUGUUUAGCAUAUCACCAGCACAAUAUUGCCAAACACGUCACUUUUAACUAG